AUGGGGUGCAUGGUGUCCGCCCCCCAGGACCCGCUACUGUACGAGGCCAUCCGAAGCAAGACGAAGCACCCCGUGAACGGCGCGACGCAUUACCCGCGCUUCGCGAGGCCCUCGUCGUACCGUCUCAGCGACCCCGACGGCAACGAUCCGACGUCUGCCGAGCUCGACGAUAAGCGUCGGGAGUUCUGGGACACCCAGCCGUCCUACGGGGGCAGCGCCGAGAUAUGGGCGGCGCUGAAGAUGGCCGCGGAGACGAUGCUGCGACCGCACGGAGACUUGGCCCUGUGCUACGCGGUCAUCGAGAGCGCCGACGUCAUCGUCGCCAAGCCCGACAUGACCGUCUGCUACGACACGAUGGGAGCGAAGUACGACAUACCCAAGUGGGUGCUCCGGGAUCCCUCGAACGUCUGCUUCGAGCCAAACCCCCCGAGGAGGAGCGGCGCACAGCUGGACCACGAGCAGGCGGAUGCGUCGAGCCCGCGGCUCGCAGCCGCGCCGCGAGGGUACGCGGUGGACGUCGACGACGACGCGGGAAGCGACGCGGGGAGCAGCGUGCUAUCGGCCGUGUCGGACCUCGAAGGGGACGUCGCUAACGGGGAAACAGAGACGAACGAGAGGGGACGAGACCGAAGGUAUAGCGCCAUCAAAGGACGGCGCGAUUUUGGCGAAAACGGCUUCGAGCCCGAGGACGUCGAGCUCGUCAUGACACGGGCGGGUGUGUCCCGCGGCAAGGCGAUCGACGCGCUCAAGGCGAACGACGGAGACGCCGUGUCCGCGAUCAUGGACCUGACCAUGUGA